UCCACGUCACACUCCACUCACCACUGUCCUAAUACUUAAAAAUACGAAUUUUAGUUUGUAUGACAACAUCAAAAGGUUAAUGGCGGCCACGUGUUCAUGUUCUGGCUCGUCCUGAUUUUGGCUUUUUUGGUUAUUGUGGUAAGAAAAGAUGCAUUGGAUGCUGCUCUCUUAAUUGGUUUCUGUGUAUUAUAUAUAAUUUAAAUCAAGCGUCCGUUCCAAGUUCCAAGUUCCAACGUAGGAUUAGGACGGUGAUCACCAUCUUUUGAUUUGUAACACUAACAGCAGUAACUGUGUACAGAAACAGAAGUGAGGGGAUUGCAGUGGGAGGAGAUAAUUGAAUUCCCAAAAGGGAGAGGGUGACGCUGCUUUCCACUCUUCCAACUGGAUCACUGUCCUGUCACUCUGCAAUACGUUCCUCGUCAUCCAAUUCCCAUACAUAAAGCCUAAAGCUGACCACUUUUCCAAAGCUAAUCGAACCAAUGGGCAUGGGGUGCCGCUGCGCUAUUUAACCCCUCUAAUCUAAUCACUAAUCACUAAUCACUCUGCUCACUGCUAGCUAGCUCCAGAGGUGGCCACAGAAAUCUAUGCAUAUGGCUAAGUUGCACAUAGUUCCAGCCGACACCAGAUAUUCAUAUAAUGUGGAGCCGCAGUUGGUGGAGAUGAUGGUUCCCCUUUACUCUCACGGUUGCGCCAACAAGGUCCACAAGGCGCUCUCCCAUCUCAAAGGGAUAUAUUCAGUUAAUGUGGAUUGCAAUCAGCAGAAAGUGACGGUGUGGGGAAUAUGCAACAAAUACCAAGUGCUGAGCACUGUGAGGAGCAAGAGAAAAGCGGCUCGGUUCUGGAACCACGAAACAGAACAAGAAGCUGACAACAGCGGCCCAGUAGUCCCUCCUCCAGCUCCUCCUCUGAGCUUCAGGCCUCGUUUUGCCGUUCGUUCCCUUAGCUUGAAACUAGCGUGCAAGAAGGUCCUCAAUCUCACCACACCCAGAUCAUACUCCUUCCGGAGGAGCAUAUAGCUACCAGCUACCUAUAUAUAUGUUUCUUUUCUAAUUUCUAAUUUAUUUCUAGUCUGCACUACUCUACAGUCUUCUACAUGCUAUUGCUCAUCAAUCCUUCCCCUUCUUUGCCCAUCUUCCAACACAUGGGGAUUAUAGUUUCAAUCUAUUC